AUGGCGAGCAAGCAGCUGGGGAAGUUGAGACAGUGGGCUGGGGAAGUCAUCUCGUCCCGGGAGAGGACAGUCGUCACCGAGGAGUUCAGGGAGCUCGAGGAAGACAUCGACUUGAGGAAAGAGGGGAUACACAGGUUGCACAUCGCCUCGCAAUCAUACCACCACGCCCUGUCCAAGAAGAGAGAAUGCGAAGCCGUCGAGGAGCCGGGGAAGUUCCUCCCCGUGGACGCGCUCGGCGUGGUCAUGAUCACGCAUGGCGAGGAGCUGGGCGAGGAUUCUGUGCUAGGCUCCGCGCUGGUCAAGUUCGGCCGGGCGCAUUGUAAAGUCGCGACGCUGCAAGAGGCGCUCGCGUUGACGUUCCAGGAUACGUUCCUUACCGCUAUGCAGAGAUACGAAGACGAGAUUAAGGAUUACCAGGCUCUGAGGAAGAAGUUGGAGAGUCGAAGGCUUAGUUACGAUGCUGCUAUCAACAGAAUGGAGAAACUCAAAACUUCCAAGAAGGACAAGGAGAAGGAGAAAGCGGAAGCUGAGGACGAGCUCGCCAAAGCCAAGUCGCGAUACGAGGAGACGUUCGAAGAUGUCCGCGCGAUCAUGUUUGCCAUUCAGGAGAACGAGACGUCCCAGAUCCGGGAUCUCACGAGCUUCCUAGAGCACGAGAUGAACUUUGUAGAGCAGUACCUAGAAGUGCUAAAAGACACGAAAGCCAACUGGGUCGAAGUCCCAAGUAUAAUUCGGAGCAAAGCAGGCACACUUCGCUCAAAGGCGCCCUCGCCCUCGCCACAUGACCGGCGCGGCUCAAUCCGCUCGCACAAGUCCUCCGCGUCGCGCUCCUCGCGACCGCCCUCGCCCUCCUCCGAGGAGGAAGAGGAAGACGACGCGCAGACGCCCGGGCCGAAUCGCCAGUCCUUCGCACGGCGCAAGUCCGACGCGAGCAAGGUGCCGUCUCGUACCCCCUCGCGCGCCUCGCGGAAGAGGGCUGAUAGCGAAGUCGCCACUGACAAGGAGGACAAGGAGAAGGAGAAGGAAAGAGAGAAAGGCCAUUCCAAACGGCUGAGCAUGGCUGGCUGGGCGAGCAGCGCCGUCGGGUCGAUCACGGGCCGGAGCAAGAAGGACAAGGACAAGUUCGCGACGCUCAAGGAGACGGACGGCACGCAGUCCGACGAGGACGAGAGCGACGGCGCGCGCAGCGAGGUCUCGCGGUCAUCGCGAUUUUCAUCGAAGAGCGCAAGCAAGAAGAGCAAGAGCAAGAAAGAGGCGGUGGCGAUGGGGAAAUCGGUCUCGGCGCCGCAGCCCGGCGGGCGGAAGAUGAUGAAGGCGCUGUACGACUUCACCGCGUCCUCCGCAGACGAGCUGAGCUUCCGCGCGGGGGACGUGAUCACCGUGCAAGCGGAGGUGCUCGAGGGGUGGUGGAUGGGCGAGCUGCGUGGGCGCACAGGCCUCUUCCCGACGACAUACACCGAACCCCUAGCCACCCCGCCCGUGCCCCCGCGGCCUGGGCGUGCGGGCACGACGUCGUCCAGUUCCUCGUUGUCGUCUUCCAAGGAGCACUACGGCACGCCGAAGGGCUCGGAUGGGUACGAGAGCAGCGACGGCGGGCAGGAGGCGCUGUAUAGUCGUCAGCCGGUCAUGUCCGCGCGGACGCCUGUGUACGGCGCGUUUGAUGUGGAGAGCAUACAGAGCAGCGUGGGCGACGGGGACGAGGAGGCGAAGCUCAUGCCCGGGGGGCCGAAUACGGACGACUCGCAUACGAACAACACGACGUCUUCGAGUUUGAAGAAGUCCUCGCUCCUCGCACCUGUCAUGAACAACCGGGUUAGGUCCGACCCCUCGCCGACGCCUGGUAAACGCCCGCCGCCGCCGCCGCCGCCCGCGAGGAGGGGCACGAAGGUGGGCGGGGCACAAGGGUCGGAUACGUCAAGCACGAGCGAGAGGAGGCUGAGCAGUCUCAGGAGCAACUCGGUGGGGUCUGUGGCGGCCCUGGCGAACGUUGUUGCGCCUGGGCAGGUGCACGAGUCGCCGUUCGAUAGUCCGAAGGAUUCGUCAUUCGAGUCAUUCCAUUAAACGGUAGGCCGCACGGAACUCGAGGGAGCAGUUGAGGAUGUGCAAGUGCUAGAUCUACGCAGCAGUCACGAACGUUAUGACUUGACGAACUCUCGGGACUUUGUUUCAAAUCUUAACUCUGAUAAUACUGGUUUACGAGGGUACGUAGGUACUGAAUAUUGGUUUUGCUUGCGCUUCCCAUCAGUACUAUGUCAAUGUACACAGAUCUAUACUCAGCAUAAGUAAGAUAAGAUUUGCCGGA